AUGCCGAGGGUCCCGGCACAACCGAUCGCUACGGAGAAUUCCCAGGAUGGAGCAGUCGGCCUGAGGCUUCCUCAAAAGACUAGGCAGGCUGUACUGCUGGCUGCCUCAUCUCCCUUCGGCAAGCUGAAAGCGAUGGAGGACAAGCUUUUCAAAUUGGCUGGCGAGGAUGCAGAAAAAGAUCCAAAGUGGUGGGCAGAUCUCCGAACAGCUUCGCGCUUCCUGAUGGAGGCAAAGAAGAGGUCAGUGGGGGAGUAUAUCACAGAUGUUCUGGACAACGGGAUUGGGAAGUUCCUUGUCUUUGCACAUCACAAGGAGAUGUUGGACUCCUUAGAAAACGUGUUGAAAGAGAGGGUCGGCGGUGGCGGAUACAUUAGGAUUGAUGGCAGCAUGUCGUCCCAACGCCAGAGAGCCGACCUGAAACGAUUCCAAGAGGACCGGCAGUGUCAUGGCGGUUUACUGUCCAUAACAGCUCUGGCAGAGGGGCAGACCAUCACGAACGCCAAGAUCGUCAUUUUUGCCGAGUUGGUGUGGACGCCGAGCACCAUUGAUCAAUGUGAGGGACGGGCUCACAGAUCCGGCCAGCAAAGAUCGGUACUUAUUCAGUACCUGUUGUUGCAAGAUUCGGAGGUUGAUCGCAGGUGUUAUCAGCGCCUGGAAGAAACACAUCAACAUGCUGCCAAAGUACUGGACAACAACGAAUCUGCAUUUGUGGAAGAGACUGUGGACCAAGAGAAGGCGAAGAGAAUGGCUGGACAAGUGCUCGGUGACAGGCCGGAUAGGCGACCAAAACCUUUCACCUCGCACGUGGCGUACCCAAAAGCACAAGCAGAGCCAGUCAAGGCUGAAGGCCUCUCUGUGCAAAAGGCUGUGGAGCAAAAGUUCAAGUCUGUACCAAAUGCAAGGAGCAGUGCCUCCAAAAGCACACCAUCGGCUGAGCCAGCUCCUUCGUUGCCGCUCCCAGAUGUUGAGUCCUACAAGAUCUUGGAUCAUCUCCAUUUGGGCCUGAACGUGAAAAUUGGAGCGACCUACUCCAGACAAGAGCUGGAAGCAAGAUGCAAAGGAAAUGCCCAGAAGUUGGGGCGGUUGCGUUUCCAUGUUCGAGAUCUGAAGAAGCUCCAACGGGUGGAUUCUGGGUCUACCAAGUCUACUGAGUCUACCUGUGAGCCGCCCUCGAAGAAGCCACGGACAGAUGAACCUGAGGACUUGUGGUAG